CAUUCACUUAACAAAUGCUUGAUGCUCAGGUUCAAGUCCCAGCUUAGGCCCUAAACCUGUCUGGGCAUCAAGGGGCACGGCCUAAAAGAAGCAGAGCUCAGCUAGUGUGGGGGACAGCUGCGCGGCUGGUUCUUCAGAAGAGAAGCCCUCCGCGCGGCCCUACCACCAGCGCACUCCCGCGUAGAAGCAGGCUCACAUUCCAUCUCCUCCCCGGUCUGCACCAGCUGUGCUUCCCAAACUUGCCCUCCAGGGAAGUGAAGGAGGUAAGUUUCCGGCUCCCCUUACGGGAGUUUACUUGGAAAGUUUACGGGAGUUUCCAACACAAAUCUCGAUGCUGUCAGACAGAGAAGCCGCGGGGAACGGCUCCGAUACCCCAAGGCUGGCUCCCUAGUUCCUGGACGCCGGCUGACCCGGAAGCACGGGUACCAGGAAGAAGCAGAAGGCAGAGGAGUGCGGGGCAGGAGGGCGGAGCGGACCUCUGUUACGUGCAGGAUCACGCCCCUUGGGGAGGGCGCUGCGCCUGCGCCGGAACGGCCGUCUCGCUCCCGGAAGUGGAGGGUCUGCCAGGAGAGAGCCGCUGGGUCUCGGUGCCCGGAGGCAGAAGCGCUCGCGAAGCUCGCCCGUCAGCCCCCGACUGCCAUGUCAGCCUUUGACACCAACCCCUUCGCGGACCCAAUGGACGUAAACCCCUUCCAGGAUCCCUCUGUGACCCAGCUGACCAAUGCUCCACAAGGUGGCCUGGCUGAAUUCAACCCCUUCUCAGAGCAGACAAAUGCAGCAACAACGGUUCCUGUCACCCAGCUCCCUGGGCCCUCGCAGCCAGCGGUUCUCCAGCCCUCAGUGGAACCAACCCAGCCAACCCCCCCAGGCUGUGGCCUCUGCAGCCCAGGCAAGCCUACUCCGGCAGCAGGAAGAACUGGACAGGAAAGCAGCCGAGCUAGAACGAAAAGAGCGGGAGUUGCAGAACACUGUGGCCAACUUACAUGUGAGAGAGAACAAUUGGCCGCCUCUGCCUUUGUGGUGCCCUGUCAAGCCCUGCUUCUAUCAAGACUUCUCCACAGAGAUCCCUGCUGACUACCAGCGAAUAUGCAAGAUGCUCUACUAUCUCUGGAUGUGGGAUAGUUUGACAUAUCCGGGAGCCCUUCAGCCACCUUGGCACCAGCCCACGUCUGUCUCCCCCCCUUCCACAGUGCAUUCAGUGACUCUGUUUCUGAACCUGCUUGCCUGCCUGGCCUGGUUCUUAGUCGACAGCAGCAAAGGAGUAGACUUUGGCCUCUCAAUCCUGUGGUUCGUGAUCUUCACCCCCUGUGCCUUCCUUUGUUGGUACCGACCCAUCUAUAAGGCCUUCAGGUCGGACAACUCUUUCAGCUUCUUCGUGUUCUUCUUUGUAUUUUUUUGUCAAAUAGGGAUCUAUGUCAUCCAGUUGGUCGGCAUCCCUAACCUGGGGGACAGUGGUUGGAUUGCAGCCCUGUCUACGCUGAAGCAAGACUUGGCUGUGUCGAUCAUCAUGAUGGUGGUAGCUGGCUUCUUCACACUCUGUGCUGUGCUCUCACUCUUCCUUCUAAAGCGGGUGCACUCUCUGUACCGCCGGACUGGGGCCAGCUUCCAGCAAGCUCAAGAGGAAUUUUCCCAGGGCAUCUUCAGCAACAGGACCUUCCGCAGCGCUGCCUCAUCUGCUGCCCGAGGAGCCUUCCAAGGGAAUUAGUCCUGACUCUCUUCCCUGUGCCCCAGCCAUUUUUCCUGCCUGCCUUCUGAGCUGCACUUUCCGUGGGUGCCUUAAGCAGUGCUAUGGCCAGCACAAACCUGGAGAGGGUCUUGCUGUGGCUCUUCCUCCUUCCUCAGCAACCAGCUUUCCCUUCCACCCAAGGGAAGGGGAGGGUGGGACAGGAACUUUUUUUACAUAAGAGAAAGGGGGAAAAAAAGUUUUUUCUUCUCUGGUGGUGGUUUGGUAGGAUUCUUUUGUCCCUCUGAAGCAGUGGGACUGAAGUUCUCUUUUCCCUACACACACACACAUGCACAUAUGUACACACUUGGGAUCACUAGCCAACCUGGGCCCACCCAGCUGGCGUUGUAUUUCUGCCCGGGUCCUGGGCCUCCACUCAUCCCCUAGAAACCUGGCCUGAGUCUGGCUUCACAGCCCCAGCCUGUGGCUUCCAUAGUCCUGCCCUCCCUUCCUGCUGGGCUGGGAUGACCUCCCAAGGGCUCCCCUUUAGAUGAGCUAUGGCAUGGGCUGGUGGACAGCUCUGUUCCCCCAGAUCACUCUGAUUAGGUCUCUGGGCUUCCAGAACCUCUGGCCGGUUCCUCAGCCUCUUCUCUGCUUCAUGUCUCUCACAAACAGAUUCAUUGCCCUAUCGGCCCCCUGCACCUUCCAGCUGUGGGCAGCACCCUGUGCCAUCUGGGGCCCUCCCUGAACCCUCCCCUCCUUAGACUUACUGAAUGUGCAUUGGGGUUGGUUGGGAUUUGGGGAUGGGCAGGAACAGAGGACAACCUAUGUUGUCCUGCCCAGCCUUUAACAAUCUUCUAGGAGGAGUGUGUGUGACUGUCCCGGUGUGGGUUGUUUGUCCGUUUGUUUUGAUUUCCUCUUCUCCUGGGGGACAGCUGUGCUCUACCUUGGCCUCACAUUCUAACCAUUUGUUCCCACAUCAGCAAUAUCUAGCUUGUAUGACUCUUAGGAAGGGCAGGUGGAAUCAGUUCAGAACUGAAUCCUUCAGACUGGUCUCAUGAGCCAGGGUUCCAGACUCAUCCUCCAGGGUUCUCCCAUACCCCGAGUAGGAGUAGAGUCUAGGUCACCUUCCACUAGUCCUAGGGAUUCCCCAGGAAGCGUGUCACUGUGAUGAGCACCUAGGAGUCCACCAUUAACACCUGCACCCUGCCCUGCUGUGGACUGAGGGAACUUCUCAAAAAGCAGGCCAAUCCAGAGGCAGCCCUGUCUAUAGCCCACUCCACUCCAGAGCCACUGAAUGAUGAUUUAAUGACAGUGACCAAGGUUUUGUAAAUUUCUGGUACUUUUUUUCUCCAUGUACAAAUGUAUAUGUUGUUUCAAUUUUGUGCUUAAAUAAAGACAUUUUCAGACAACA